CCCGUCGGUCCCCGUCGGCCCCCGGCCCGCAAGCCCGGACCGGUUGUCCGGCCGGAGUGGCGAGGAAAGACCAAAGUGAGACGCGCAGCGAAGACCCCACCGAGCCGGACGAUGGCCGCCGAGGCCCUGGGAGGGGCUGCGGCCCUGAGCCCUCUGGCCCCGCAGGAGGAGGUGGAUGAGGAGGUGGAAGAGGAGGUGGACGAAGAGGUGGACGAAGAGGAGGUGGAGGAGGUCUCAGCCGGGACCCUCGAGGAGAACUCCUGGGAGCAGGAAGCGGACGAGCGCGGGGAUCCCCCCAGACGGAGCGUCAGGCCCCGCGAAUCCCUCGGCCGCCUCCGGGAGCUGUGCCGCCUCUGGCUGAGCUCCGAGGGGAGCUCCAAGGAGCAGAUCCUGACGGCCCUUCCCGGGGAGAUUCAGGCCUGGCUGCAGGAACAUCGCCCGGAGAGCAGCCAGGAGGCCGUCGCUCUGGUGGAGGAUUUGACCCAGGCCCUCCGGGAGAGCGCCCUGUCAGUCGCCCGGCGCCCGGCCCGGCCCGCCCGAGAGGAAAGUGAAGACCGAGCGGCGGCGGCGGCGGCGACACCGUGCCCCGUGGCCCGGUCUCCGGGGCCGGCGGCACUUAGGGACGGCGGCGAUUGCCUCUCGUGGGAGGAGCGGGGGCGCCCGGACCCCACGCGGGAAGACGCCCACGGGGACGCCCCGGCCGGGAAUUGCGGCGGCGGCGGCCGGGACGCGCUAGAUCUUCACAAAAGCAGCUUCCAUAAACAGAGCAAUGUUUUCUUUAUUGCUGACUGCAGUUCUUGGCCCGAUGACCUCCGACCCCCCAAGCCCGGGCUCCUUCCACUGAACCGCGCCGCUUCCCCCGUCCGCCCCCACUCAGGCGCGGAGGCGGCCGGAGCCGGGGCGGCGGGCCCCUCCCGGGAGCCGGGCCGGUUCAUCGGGCCCCGGGGCACCUACGUGGGCGAGAAGCCGUACGAGUGCCCGCGGUGCGGCAAGGGCUUCAGCCGCAAGUCCCACCUGGCCACCCACGAGCGGACCCACACGGGCGAGAAGCGCUACGAGUGCCCCGACUGCGGCAAGAGCUUCAGCGACGGCUCCAACUUCAGCCGGCACCAGACGACGCACACGGGCGAGAGGCCGUACGCCUGCGGCGACUGCGGCCGCACCUUCAGCCGCAGCGCCAACCUGGCCAGCCACCGGCGCGUCCACACGGGCGAGAAGCCCUACCGCUGCCCGGACUGCGGCAAGAGCUUCAGCCGCGGCCCCAACCUGGUGGCCCACCGGCGCACGCACACGGGCGAGAAGCCCUUCGCCUGCGCCGCCUGCGGCAAGCGCUUCGGCAACCGCUCCAGCCUCAACACGCACCAGGGCGCCCACACGGGCGCCAAGCCCUACGCCUGCCCCACCUGCGGCGACAGCUUCAGCUACAACUCCAACCUCAUCCGCCACCAGCGGGUCCACACGGGCGAGAAGCCCUACCGCUGCCCCGACUGCGGCCGGCGCUUCAGCCAGAGCUCGGCCCUGGUCGGCCACCGGCGCACGCACACGGGCGAGCGGCCCUACCGCUGCGCCCAGUGCGGCAAGGCCUUCGGCCGCAGCUCCAACCUGGCCACCCACCGCCGCACGCACCUGGCCGAGAAGCCCUACAAGCGCGCCCAGUGCGGCGAGGGCUUCUCGCGGAGCUCCGGCCCGCUGGCCCACCAGGCCGCCCACCCGGGCCGCCGGCCCCACGCCUGCCCCACCUGCGGCCGGACCUUCGGCCGGAGCGCCGACCCGCCGGAGCACCAGCGCGGCCCCGCCGCCGACCGGCCCCGCCGCUGCCCCGACUGCGGCCGGGCCUUGGGCCGGCGCGCCCGGCUGGCCGCCGAGAAGCCCCACCGCUGCCCGCUCUGCGGCGAGAGCUUCAGCCGCCGCUCCGUCCUGCUCGUGCACCGGCGGGCCCACCGCGGGGACAAGCCCUACCGCUGCCCCGACUGCGGCGAGGGCUUCAGCUGGAACUCCGUCCUCGUCGUCCACCGGCGCGUCCACGCCGGCGAGCGGCCCUACCGCGGCCCCGACCGCGCCGAGGCCUUCAGCGACAGCUCCGACUUCGUCAGCCACCGCCGGACCCACCCACGGGCCGAGCUCGGCUGAGGGGGCGCAGGGGGGGGCCCCCGCGGGACG